AUGGCAGCCCCUCCUCAUUCUUGGUACCUGGCCUUCCUCAACCUCCUCCUCCCCCUGGCCAUCUCCUGGGCUGCAACAGCAGAGAAUGGCACCUCCUUACUCUCGUGCUUCUACAACUCGAGGGCCAACAUUUCCUGCGUUUGGAGCCAGCAUGGGGCUUUGCCAGGUGUGGUCUGCCAAGUUUAUGCCAAAUCAGAUAAGAGGACAUGGAACAAAACCUGUAAGCUGCUCCCCACGAGCCUGGGGUCCUGGGCCUGCAACCUGAUCCUUGGAGAUUAUGAUUCUCAGAAACUGACCGCGAGUGACAAUGUCAACAUAAGUAUGGUAUGCCAAGAAGGGGAGAAGAGGAGGCUGGUGACAAGCCAAGAUUUCAAGCCCUUUGAGAACCUGCGUCUGAUGGCCCCUAACUCCCUCCAAGUUGUCCAUGUAGAGGCCCACAGGUGCAACGUCACCUGGAUCCUCCCCCAGGCCUCACACUACCUUGAACAUUACCUGGAAUUUGAGGCCCGGUUCCGGCUCUCCGAUCACAGCUGGGAGGGGAGCAGCAUGCUGUCCAUCAAGCAGAACCAGUGGUGGCUUGUCCUCGAGACUUUAACCCCCGACACAGCCUAUGAGCUUCAAGUCAGAGCCACAGCUCGGCGAGGCCAGAACACCACCUGGAGCCCCUGGAGCCAGCCGCUGCCCUUCAGGACGAAGCCUGGAGGUAUGGGAAAGUCCUCGCCUUUUUCUUGGUUGGGCCACACCAUCGUGGCCCUCAGCGGAGCCAUUGCCUUUGCCAUCUUGGUUUACCUGUUGGCCAACUGCCGCUACAUCGAGCCGUGGCUGAAGGAGGUUCUGAAGUGCCACAUCCCAGACCCCUCAGAGUUCUUUUCCAAGCUGAGCUCAGAGCAUGGAGGAGACUUCAAGAAGUGGCUCUCCUCGCCCUUCCCGUCGUCCUCCUUCAGCCCCAGUGGCCCCGCACCUGAAAUCUCCCCCCUGGAGGUGCUGGACAGGGACACCAAGGCCACACAACUGCUUCUGCAGUCGCAGGACAAAGAGCCCGUGUCCUCGCCCAGUAGCCACUCACAAACCAGCUGCUUCACCAACCAGGGCUACUUCUUCUUCCACCUCCCGGACGCCCUGGAGAUCGAGGCCUGCCAGGUGUACUUCACCUAUGACCCCUGCGCCGAGGAGCCUGACGAGGGCAGGCCAGGGGCACCUGCGGGGUCCCCUGUGCCAGCCCUUCCCCCUCCGCCAGGAGAUGACGAUGCCUAUUGCACCUUCCCCCCGGGGGAUGACCAGCUGUUCUUCUCUCCUAGUCUCCAUGCUGGCCCGGCCCCCCAAAACAUGGCCCUCAGGGGCAGUGGGGCCAGGCCAGAGAGGCUUCCCUCCUUCCCACAAGAGGCAGUUUCUGGAGAUUCAGACUCCAGACCCCUUGACCCUCCCACCCUGGAAGUCCCCAGUCCAGUGGCUGACCAGUCCCUGCAGCUGGAAAUGGAUAAAACUGGACAGGAAGUCUCCAUGGCCAAGAAGUUUUCCUCUGUGGCCCAGGAGCUGCACACCCGGCCCACAGACUGGCAGCUCCAUGAAGAGCACAAGCUCAGCCUCUUGUCUUCCGCAGGCAGUGCCCCCACCUCAGGCGUGGGGACCAGGGGGCAUAGUCAGGCAGGACUAUCACCAGGCAACAGGUCUCGGGGGACAGCUCAGAUCUCCCACACCUGCCUGCCUGCCUCCGAGGUGCCCAAGGGGUGGAGCCAGGCGGGCACCGCCUGCCUGCUGCCUGUUUACCUGGGCUCAGCCACAGGGCCAUCCCGGACCCAGCUGGAGGCCCAUGGAGCCCGGGGCCACAGGCCACAGGGGACAAGGGCCAGACAGCCUGACCAUGGCGCUGGGCCAUUGAUCGAGCCCAGGCUGGCCGGGUUGGGGGUGGGGAGACCUUGGCCUGGACAAACAGAGGCUCCGGAGGCCGACGUGCAGGCCCGGCACCCACCUGCCAUUCCCAGAGGUGUGUGUGUGCAGGGCACCAUCCCACCUUCCUGUAACACAAACACCUACACGUCCGGAUUUAUUGCUGGAGGAGAGGUCUGUGUGGGCUCCAGGGAGGUCUCCCAGCGUCCCGGGUCCUUGGUCACCUUCCUGCUGUACCUGUUCCCCAUUCGUGUGCUCCUCACACCUCAGAGGGGACGCGCCUGA